UGUGAACUGAUCCUAAGGAAAUUUUGUGCUCCAGGAGAUCGCUUCGAGGGGCAUGUGCAGUGGUUUCGAUUUAGGAUUGUUUGGGUGUGUUUUAAUUAGAUCAUAGAACAGAUACAUUUCUGUAUUUUGAUUUUAUUGUUUCUGUAUGCACGGUCACUGCGACUAUUUACUGCAUCAUUUAACUUGGUUUCUGUUAUGAUAAGUUUAACGAAAUAUAAUUAAAAAAGGGGAAAUACGUGACUUGGAGGACGUGUCAACAUCAACCAGGGUCACAGACCAAGCGGGCGCCGCUAGUGUCUUUCCUCCCUUUAGAAGUGACAGGUGCAGGUGUUUAACCAGUGAUGGAAUGUUUCGGGGAGUCUUCACCUGGGAGUGCACUUUGUCUGCCCAGCUCUCUGCCAGUUAUUCCAUACGAGAAACUUCAACCGCUUUCCUUUUUGGGUACUGGAACUUAUGCCACUGUGUACAAAGCUGUGCAUUCAGACUGGAGAACUCCAGUGGCUUUUAAGCGUUUCGUACUACAGUCCGCACCUGGAGAUCGAGAAAGGAAGAGCCUUUUAAAAGAAGCUGAGGUCCUCCAGAAAGCAAGAUAUACACACAUAAUUCAGAUUUUUGGAAUUUGUAAUGAGCCUGAAUUUUUGGGAAUUGUGACUGAAUACAUGAGCAAUGGAUCAUUAGAUCAACUUUUGCAUGAGAAAGAAUAUUAUCCAGUAGUUCCUUGGCCUUUGAGAUUUCGAAUCCUGUAUGAGAUUGCACUUGGAGUGAAUUAUCUCCACAACAUGAAUCCACCAUUGCUACAUCAUGAUUUAAAGACACAGAAUAUCUUACUGGAUUCAGAAUACCAUGUGAAGAUAGCUGACUUUGGUCUUUCUAAAUGGAGACAUUUGUCAAUGACAGCAGUAUCGCAUAAAAAAGUUCCUGAUGGAGGGGGUACUGUCAUUUAUAUGCCACCUGAAGAGUAUGAACCUUCUAAGAAAAAAAGGGCAGUUGUAAAGCAUGAUAUUUACAGCUAUGCAAUAAUUUUGUGGGAAAUUCUUUCGAGGAGAAGACCCUUUGAAGAAGCAGUAAACCCGAUGCAGAUCAUGUUCAGUGUAAUGAAAGGCAAUCGACCAGACACCAGUGAAGAAAGCUUACCUGCAAACAUCCCCUUUCGAGAGGUUUUGGUCCAACUUAUGUCAAGUGGAUGGGCAGAAAAUCCAGAUGAAAGGCCGCCUUUUCUAAAAUGCCUGCUAGAAUUAGAGCCUGUAGUUCAGUCAUUUGAUGAAGUGGUUGUAUUUGAAGCAGUAUUACAAGUGAAAAGAUUUAAGACGAGCAUUAACAGAGGUACUAAUGUCGCUUCAUCACCUGAAAGAGAAUCAGGGGCAGAACUAAAGACUCUCAACACACCUGCAAAUCCAUCAUCACCAUAUGUUUGUACAGACCACCAACCAUAUUCAUCUGAUGAAUUCAACAUGUCAAGGCCCCAAACUCUAAUUGAUAACAGCCAACCACAGUAUAAUUUCAUUCACCCAGCAGCAACUGAAUGCAGGCAGAACAUUUUGAAUGAUUUUUCAAGUAACAGCAUUACUCAUGGUUCACCACAGUCUUUCGAAAACAAUGUAUCUUUAUUGUCAUCUGCGAAGUGUUGUCCAGAAUACGGUGGUAUUGGAUAUUCCUCCAAAGCUGUUUCUGAAUCUGAGACAGAUGGGCCAUCAGCGGCAAUAGCAGCUCUAUCCCUCACUCCAGGUUUCCUGCAAGAAUCUGUACACCAAGGUGUUUGUCAUCAGUGGAUUCAAAGUAAAAGAGAAGAGAUUGUUAAUCAGAUGACAGAAGCCUGUCUAAACCAGACUUUAGAUGCACUAAUCUCAAGAAGUCUCAUAAUGAAAGAGGAUUAUGAAUUAAUCACCACCAAACCUACAAGAGCUUCUAAAGUUAGGCAGCUUCUUGAUAACUGUGAUAGCCAGUCAGAGGACUUCGCCAGAAUCAUUGUCCAAAAGUUGAAAGACAAUAAACAACUGGGUCUGCAGCCCUACCCAGACAUGUCACCCCUUCCAUCUUGUGUGUCUGUAAGUGGAGUCUUUGGUCAGCAGAGUGGCACACAAAUGGCAUAACUGGAGAUGUGUGAGCUAGUAUUCCAUGAUAUACUAUUAUAUAACAAAUUUAACUGUAUCACUCAUGGGACAUUGUUAUAAGUGAUGGAAGAGUGCAGUAUUACAGAUGUUGGGAGGGAGUUUAUUUUUCUCUUGUCCCUUUUUUGAGGGAAGAAUACAGUCACAUAACCUAAUAGAAAACCCAAUAAACAUAAGGCUGAAAAUCUCAAA